UUAAAAAUCAAAAUAUGAUUAUUUCAUUUUGAUUCGAAACAUCAUCAGUGAAUUUUCUCAAAGUUUUCAAUCUUUGUCUUCUUUUGUUUUCAAAAAUUCAUUCAGACGAUAAUAUGAACCAUAAUAGGUGGUCAUUGAUUUAUGAUCACCACAAUCACCAUCACCACCACCACCGCCAUCAAUACUAUCUUCAUAUUGGAUUUUCCCUAUUAAAACUAUGGCUAAUAUUCGCAUCAUUUACAUUGGUGGUUAUCGAUUCUGCAUCAUUUUAUGGUCAAAGCUAUUUGAAGAUACCAUCUUUCCCUUUAAAUAAUAAUCAAACAAAAAUUCAAUUAGAAUUUCGUACACAUCAAUCCGAUGCAUUCAUUUUUCUUGCUGCCGGUUCAUCGGAUUAUUGCCUUCUGUAUCUUGAACGUGGACAACUAGCUGUGAAAAUUAAUUUCGGUUUAGGUGAAACUUUUCUCAAAUCCAAUGAUGAUGAUUAUUAUGAUUCAAAACCAUUAAACGAUUUGGAAUGGCAUCAUGUUCAUUUAGAACGUAUCGAUAGAAAAUUAUUAUUAAAAAUUGAUUCAACAAGAAUCUAUUCAAAACAAAUUCAAGGUUUUCAUCGUGAAAAUGGAUUAAAAAUUCAAUAUGGAAUUUAUCUAGGAAGUUCACAUGGUUUAAAAAGUCUUUAUUUAGGUGAUAUUCAUCCAUUACGUGGAUGUUUAGAUUAUGUUUAUUUUAAUGAACAAAAUUUAUUCAAUUUGUUUAUCGUCAAUGGACAACAACAACAACAACAACGACAAGUUAUUAAUCAUGAAGUCGAUCUAGAUCAAAAAUGUGAUGAACAAUUUAGUCCUUCAAACAUUAUUAUCAAUAAUGAUGAUGAUUCAGAUAAUAAAAACGAAACUCAAGUAACCAUUUCAUUUGUACAUCAUCAAAAUAGUUAUGUUUUAUUACCCGGUUUGUUUGGUAAUUCAGUUACAGAUAGCAAAGUACAACCAAGUCGAACAACAAAUUUAUCCGUCCAAUUUGAUUUGAAAACAACAUCAACAAAUGCAAUGAUUCUAUUUAUAUCGGGAACAAAUACAUAUAGAAAAGAAUUUUUUGCAAUAGAAAUUAUUCGUAAACGAUUAAAAGUUUCCAUAAACGAUGGAAAUGAUGAAUGCAAAUUACAUUCAAACAUUAUUUUGGCUGAUAGUCAAUGGCAUCAUGUAGAAAUACUAUUGAUUGACAAUGGUCAAUUGAUGGCCACAAUAGAUGGACAACGAGAAUCAUCAUCAACAACAAAAACAACAACAUGGCAAUUAUUUCGAUCAAAACUUUCAAAUGAAUUAUAUUUAGGUGGUCUUAUUGUUGAACGACAAUCAUUAGCUGUCAAUUUAGGACUAGAAUCAACAUUGAUUACAUCAAAUGUAUCAUUGAAAGGAUGUAUAAGAAAUUUUCGUAUAAAUUCCCAUUGGAUAAAUAUUAUUCGUGAUGCAAUUGUAACUCGGAAAAUUCUAGCUGGUAAUAAUUGUCAAUGGGAAUUUUUAUGUCAUGAUGAUGAUGAUCCCGACAAAAGACCAUGCAUAGAUCGGGCUAAAUGUAGCCAUGAACAAUUUGAUCUAAUCAAAUGUUCAUGUCAAAAUCAUCAUAAUCAUCAUUAUCGACAUUGGCCAACAAAUCAACAAAAAUCUUCAACAACUAGCAAUAAUUUACCACCACCAUCAUCAUGUGUUCGAAAAAAUUUUAAACAUAAAUCAAUAAUUAUCGAAUCAAUCAAUGAUAAUGAUCAACAAGAUUCCGAUCGGAUUCAGCCAUUAAAUUCAAUGUUAUGUGAUAAAAAUUCUGGUGAAAUUUCAGUCAACGAAGGAACUAUAACCGAAAUUAAUUCUGCAUUAUUAACCAUAUUGACCGAUGCUAAUAUACUAUCACCAUCAUCUGAUAAUGAUCGAAUAUUUGAUGUAGUUAUAGCCAAAAAACCCGAUUACGGAUCAAUCAAUCUUGAUCAAUUGACAAUCGAUUCGAAUGUAUUACGUACACAACCAAUACGUUAUACGCAUAUUAUAUCGGGUAAAAUGCGUGAUUCAAUGUCAUUAGAAUUGGUUCGAAGACAAUCAAAAACAUUCGAUAUUGUUGAAUGUGAUCGUUAUCUAAUCAGAAUUUUAUUCAAAAUUGUUUCAACAACAGCACAACAACAACAGAAUGAUGUUGCCGUCAAUGAUCUUGUUCAUCGAAUUCAUUUGAAAAUUCUAGCAAACAAUCGUUUUCCAUUAACAUCAUCAAUGUUCAAGUUGAAAGAUAUUCUUGUAAAAGGAAAAAAUAAGAAAAAAGAUGAUCAUCAUCCACAAUUCAAAAUAAUCGAUUGUAAUCCAAAUGAUCAUGGAUAUUUUGCUCAACAAAACAAGAAUUUUCCUAUAAAAAUUGAAAAUUUUACCGAAAAUGCCGUACGAAAUGGAAGCAUAUUUUUUGUGCAUGAAGAAAAAAAUGUUUCAUUAUCAUCAACAUCGGUGAAAUGUAUGAUCAGUCAUCGAGAAAAAGAACGAUUCGAACUAACAUUCAAACCAUAUAAUUUGGCCGAUAAUGAAUUAAUCAACACAGGUCUUCUUAUGGCUCAUCAUACUCAUGCUUUGAUAACCACUUCAAAUCUUAGCCUAAUCACCAAUGAUAUUCUUGAACAACAAGAUAAAAAUCUUGGACAACUUAUCCGUUAUGAAAUAGAUGAGGAACCAAAAUUUGGCGUUGUACAAAAACUUCGAUCAUUACCAAAUAAUUGGAUGAAUGUUACACAAUUUACACAACGACAGCUGGAUCGUGGUAAAAUACGAUAUUUACAUAUUGCUGUUGAUGAUUUGUUACAUUUACCAGAAUCCGAUCGAAUCGACAUACAAAUCAUGUUUCAAAAACAACUGAUUCGUCGAAUUAGAUUUGCAAUCAAUUUUGUUUCACAUUUAGAACUGGAAUCAUAUGGAACAAAUAUUUAUAAUUUUAGUCGUAAUGAAAAAGAAUUUAUCAUUACAAGUACGGAACUUUCGUAUCAAACACAACCAAUUUUAAGCGAUCCAGAAUCAAUUCGAUAUCGAUUACGAUCAGUGCCUUCAUAUGGUACCCUUUAUUCAUUAGCUACUACUGAUGUAUGGCAAAGAAAACUACGUUUUGAUUCACAAUUCAGUCAAAAUGAUUUGAAUGAACGAAAAAUUUUCUAUGUUCGUAAUAAUUCAUUUGUUAAUAUUGAUUCACUACGGGAUUUAAUCGAUUCAUUCAGUUAUGAUGUUAAUGUUUCGAAUUUGACCGUAUUGGAAGGCGAUCGAUCGGUGAUUGAUGAAAAUCAUCUCUAUCUUCGAUCUACUGAAUCAUCAUCUUCGGCUAAAAAUGAUGUUCAAUUCGAUAUAAUUAAACAGCCAAUGUUUGGUCGAAUUGAAAUUGAAAAUGCUGAUAACACGGUGGAGAUUAAUCCAUCGAGAAUUUCACAACGAUUAAUUCAACAACGAAAAGUUUACUAUGUUCAUGAUGAUUCGGAAAAUAAUAUCGAUUUUUUUGAUUUUUUUAUCGAAAAUUUUACCAAUAAUGGUCGUAUUAAUGCAAAAUUUUCUAUUGAAAUUCUGAUGAAAAAUGAUAAUCCACCACAGCGAAAAUGUUUACAACGUUUGAAUAUAAUUCGCAAUACUGAACGUUUACUAACCAAUCGUGAUAUAUGUUACGUUGAUUUAGACCUCAAUACAUGGCCAUCAAAUAUUUUAUUCACAAAAAUCUAUUCCACUAUUGGUUCAUUUCAUUUUCUUAACAAUUCAAUGGCACAAUCAUUUACACAACAAGAUUUAAAUGAUGGCCAGCUAAAAUUUCGUCAUAAUGGAAAUUUAGAUUCGGGUAAAGCAAUUUUUUCCAUUACCGAUGGCCAUUUUAACCUGUUGGCUGAAUCAUUGGAAAUUCGUGCAUCCGAUCCGUAUAUCGAAAUAAUAAAUAAUACCGGUGCAGUGGUUAAAUAUGGUGAUACUUGCCUGAUAACAUCACAAAAUCUUUCAAUUGAAACAAAUCUUCCAGAUAUGAAUGAAAUUUUCAUCAAAUUAUUGACCGAACCACAUUAUGGACAAAUAUUGAUUAAUGAAAAAUCUACCAAUCAUUUUACACUUCAGGAAUUACAAGAUGGUUUAGUUGAAUAUGAAAGUACUGUUUUCGAAGAUGAAACAAUACCGUUUAGCCGUAAUGAUUCAUUUGAAUUUCGAGUUUUCAGUAAUGAUCAUGAUUAUAAAGAUUUGGUGACCAAAUCUCAAGAAUUUAUCAUUCGAAUUUAUCCACAAAAUUAUUUUCAUUUAGAUAUUAUCAACAAACAGAACAUAACAAUGUUGGAAGAUAGUCAGGUUCUAAUUGAUUCAAAAACAUUGUCGGUAAAACAUUCAGAAUUAUCGGAAGAUCGUAUUGUUUAUACUGUUGUACAGCCACCAAAAUCUGGUGUAAUAAAAAAAUUAACCAAAUUCAAAGAACCUAUACAAAAUGAACAAAUGGCCAUUGUUUUUACACAACAAGACAUUAUUGAUGGUCAAAUUUUUUAUCAAAAUAUUCAAUCAAAAUAUAGUGGAAAUUAUACCGCCAACGAAUCGGAAAUAUUCAAUGAUCGAUUCCAUGAUUCAUUCAGCCUAGAAGCUGGUGAUGAUAUAUUUCGCAUGGCUCAUUUUACCCUGCAUAUUGAACUGAUACCCAAAUUCAUUACAUUACGAACAGAAAAUCUAACAGUUUCGGAAGGUAAUUCCAUCAUUCUAACUCGAACAAUAAUCAACAUAACACAUCCAUAUUAUAUGAGAUAUGUUGAUGAAUUUGUUGUGAUUGAAGAACCAAAAUAUGGAACAAUAUCAUCGAUAGGUAUUGAUAAUGUUCGAUUAUCGAUAAAAUCAUUUACAGGUGAACAAUUAGAUUCCGGUCGAAUAUAUUAUCAACAUGAUAGUUCGGAAUAUGAAAGUGAUUGGUUUACAUUAGUUGCACGUGCUAAUUCGAUUGAAAAAGAAAGUUUACCGGCAACAAUUCAUAUCCAAGUUACAUCAAUCAAUGAUGAAGCACCAGUAUUGCAAACAAUCAAACCAAUUAAUGGUCAAUUACAACAAAAAAUUCCGAUAACAAAUCAAUCAUUAUUGGCAAUCGAUGCUGAUUCUAAAGCCAAUGAAAUUGUCUAUCUGAUUUCGAUGCCCAUCAAUGGUUAUCUGAUCGAUAUCGAUACCAAUCGAACAAUCGAUAAAUUUACACAAGCUGAUUUGGAUAUGGGUCGAAUUUUUUUCAUUCAUGUUGGCUCGGCUAAUGGUAGUUUUAGAUUUCAUUUGACAGAUGGAAAAAAUUAUGGUUCAUCAAAUGUAUUUCGAAUUUUGGUUCGAACCAGACAACAGAUUAUGAUCGAUACAAAUCAAAAGAUGCUUAUAACACCCGGAUCACAGCAAUCAAUAACAAAUCGUCAUCUACAGGUUAGCUCAAGUGAUCCAGAUGUUGAUAAUGAUGUUGAACGAGAAUUUAUUUAUCGAAUAAUCAAAGCACCAACUUAUGGUCGUAUUAUUUUGGAAGGUUUUCGCCAGGAUGAAGAAGAAAUCAAUAAUUUUACACAACAACAAAUCAAUGAGAAUCUUGUUCUUUAUGAUCAAAAUGUUCCUAUUAUUGAACCGAUUGUUUUGGAUCGAAUCAUAUUCAAUAUUGAAUCAUCGGAAAUGCCACCAUUGAAAAGUGUACAUUUUAUUAUUGAAAUUGCAAUGGAAAAUAUGCGUGAUAUAAUGAAAAGCAAUGUUGAUGCAUUGAUUCCAAUCAAAUCGUUGACCGUUGUGGAAGGUAAAUUUAAAGCAUUAAGUUUCGAAGAAUUAAAUCUAAAUGAAUUUGUUGGCCGUCUAAAAUAUGAUGAGAAUCGUGUUUUAUUGAAAAUUAUUCGACAACCAUUACAUGGUAUCAUUUUACGUAAUGGAUUAAUAUUGGAUAAUUUUGCUCUGUUUCCAAUAGCAGCCAUACGAAAUCAAUCAAUAAUUUAUAUGCAUGAUGAUAGUAAUAGCUAUACAGAUUCGGUUAUUUUUGCCAUAUUUACUAAUGAUAAUUUUAUUAUGUCAUUUAUGAAUCUAACUUUACCGAUCAAAAUAAUUCCCGUGAAUGAUGAAUAUCCGAUUGUUGUGAAUCGUAGUCCACGUAUGAUUGUAAAAAUUGGAUCCAAAACAUUAAUAACACGUUCAAUUCUUCAUACACGUGAUAACGAUGGUAAUGAUACGAAUAUUAUUUAUAUUUUGGCCGGAAAUAAUGUUUGGCAAAAAGAUGGAUUUUUUACACAUCGAAAUUAUAUUCAAGAAGUUGCUAUACGUAUGUUUACACAACAGGAUAUUAAUGAUGAACAAAUUGAAUUUGUUCAUCGUGGUUCAUUACCCGCACAAUUGAUUUAUUGGUUUCGUGUUAAAGAUGAAAUUGGAAUUGAAUGUCCAAUGAUCGAACCACCUGCCGAAAUAAAUUAUCAAUAUUUACAAUCAUCAUCAUUGCAGAAUAUGAAUGAAGAACAUUGCACACCAUAUUAUCCAUUAACCAUAACGGUUAUUCAAUUUGUAAUUGAAUUAGUAAAUAAAACCGAUAUUCAUCUAAAACAAUGUUCAAGAAAAGCUCCAAUCACUCGGUCUAAUUUGGCUGUAAAAAUUGAUGAUGAUGAAACAGAUUUAGAUCCAAAACAAAUUGUUUAUCAAGUAAAAAAAGGACCAUUCUUUGGACAUUUAUUGGUGGAAAAUAAACGUAGUCUACAUUUCAAUCAACAACAAAUCAAUGAUAAUCAAGUUUUCUACAUACAGGAAAAUAUGUUCAAUGAUGGUGGUGAAGAUUCAUUUGUCGUUGAUAUUUUUCAACGAAAUAAUGAAAAAAUUCAUAGUAAUAUUAACAUACCAAUUAUUGUUGCUGCAUUGGUAAAAGCACGUAAACCAUUUGUAGCUGCAUUUCCCGGGCUAAAAUCAUUGAUCAAUAUUGAUCACGUUGAUGCAAGUGAAUUGUCAAGCGAAACAAAAUCCAAUCCAACGUUUAAAAUUAUUGAACAACCAAGAUAUGGAUCAUUAAGUUUGCUUAGUUUUGGGCAAUCAUCAUCUCAUGAUAUUGUCCAUGAAUUCACUCAAGAUGAUAUCAUUAAGAAUCGUAUUGUAUACGAAGCAUUUGCUAAUGUAGAAAUCAUUUAUCCAAUGAAUGAAAUAAUUACUGAUCGAAUUCGAUAUGAACUUCGAGCAUUGAAUGUUCAAACAGCACAAGGUGUACUUGUUAUCAAUAUAUUCAAUAAUCAUUCUGAUAGUGAUCAUAGUAAUGAUUUAAUGAAUCAAUUUCUAAUGAAAAAUAAUUAUCUUAGCUAUUUAGGAAUGACAACAAUGUUUAAAGAACAAUUUUUUCUACUACUAUUCUUUUUUAUUCUUUUCCUUGUACUACUGAUACCUGUUUUGAUGAUCAUUAUUCGUUCAUUGUGUUUUAGAUGGCCAUAA